AUGAAGAGAUGUCAAAGGGGCUUCUUACUUCCCAAACAGAUCCUCCUACAUCUUAUAUAUAAAAGCUGGUUUAUCAAGAAUACGCAAGAAAAGCACUUCGAAUUGUUGAUUCAGCGCCAGAGAUGGCUUAGAACCAAUAGUUCAUUAUCUAAUGGAUUUUUCCGUUCUAAUACUCUAUCCGAGAGUUAUCAGUAUUUAUCAAAUCUGUUCCUAUCUAACGGAACGCUAUUGGAUCGAAUGACAAAGACAUUGUUGAAAAAAAGAUGGCUUUUCCCGGAUGAAAUGAAAAUAGGAUUCAUGUAA